UGCUGUCAGUUGUCAGUUUUUAGUCUUAUAGUUGAUUAGUUCUGUGUUGUGUGAUAGCAUUUUGAUAAAAAAAAAUGGCCAGUGUCGGUUUUCGGUGGCUGGAUAUUUUAGAGAAAGAAUUCGAUAAGGGUUUCGUCGAUUUAGAUCUAACUAUUGGUGAAUUAGAUUCAGAAGAACCUGACGUUGUGUACAAUGUCAGGCAAAAACUAUGCACAUUAAGUUCCUGUUUUGCUCAGCUUACACACAAAGCUACAACUAUAUUCCAAAACAGUGCGAAAAUCGAAGCCGAACUGAUUCAUAUGCGUGCUGAAUUAGUCGAGUCGAAAUCGAGGCGCGAGAUUUUGGAACAAGAGUUGCACAAUUUACUGCUGCAGUUGCAUUCGAAUCAGCUAUCGAAGUUACCGAAACCCAACGGCAAUUUCAAGCAGGACCCCAACUUCAAACCGGAUGUGAACAACAUCAAGCGAAAGUUGGAGGAUGAAAUUCGACGAAGCCCUAGUCACAUGAAAUGUAGCAAUAAUUCGACGGACGUAGAUGAUAUCGAGUUCAACGAGUCCACCGUCGAGUUGAAAAAGUUGCGAGCGGAGAACGGUCAACUCCAUGCAGAGAAUGUGACUCUGAGGAACAACGUUCUCGCCUUAAACAGCGAGGUUUACGGUGCCAAAUUGGCCGCAAAAUAUUUGGACAAGGAACUCGCCGGUAGAAUACAGCAGCUGCAAUUGCUGGGAAGGGAAAUGCGGGGCGACGUUAGGGAUAAAUUGUGGCGUCAAUUAGAAUCCGAAAUUUUAUUGCAGCGGCAUAAAACGGUUGUUCGCGAGUGCCGAAGGAACAGUGUUAUGAAUGGUUCAGACAAGAAUAACGGCAUUAAGGUGAACUCGGAAGUCGUCAUUCCGUCAAUCGCCGAGAGGACGGAGAACUUUGGCGAUGUACGGACCGUCGUGGUCAAGAGGAAACCUGGUCAGGGCUUAGGAAUUAGCAUCACGGGUGGCAGAGAGCACGGGGUUCCGAUUCUAAUAUCCGAGUUGGAACCAAACGGACCGGCAGCCGUUUCGGGCCAGCUCUACAUCGGUGAUGCCAUUUUGUCAGUGAACGAGCGGGAUCUUCGGCAAGCCUGUCACAAAGAGGCUGUGGACAUUCUCAAGCAGAACAGCGAAGAAUGUAGAUUGCAAGUCCAAUACAUCGCAGUUGACGAUAGUGAUAAUUCCCUCGAAGAGGAGGGAUUCCAUUUUAGAUUUUUCGACGGAGAAGUGUGCGAUUCAAAUGACGGUAUUAACACGCUGCCUUCUAAUCCAGCUAUAAUAAAUACGCCAACUGCGCCUAGAACUCCAGAAUCCACAUGUCAGAGUGGAGGUACAUCGCGCAUAAUCACUGACGGCGCUUUGACAAUGUCGGAGGAUCCGGCAAAGCAGUUUCAAGUGUCGCCGGAAAUCCAAAAGGUAAUCGAUUCGUUGCAAACGAACUUCAACAACUCCAAUGACAUCUUAACGGGUAACGAGAUGCAUUACCUAGAUGCCAACAACGAAAUCAAUAGGAACACUUCAAAGUUCUCAAACGGCGAUUUAAUACUUCUAGACAAUCUCAACGACAAUUAUAAGAAAGUCGAUAACACCUUGAAUUGCUCAAGCAACUCGCUGAAUUCUGAGAACCUGUCGUCCCCAAUGCAGACCAGCACCGACAUGUUCUUGGAUUCGGAAGUUCUGUCUACGGACGUCGCCUCUAACGAUUCGCAAUCGCCAAAGGACAUCACGAAAUUUACUUACAUACCAGAAGCUAAAUACGAAGAGGAAUACGCUUCGAACGAUACCACCAAAAGUGAUCAAAGUCUAUUGAAUUCCAGCUGUGAUAGCUCCCCCGUGCACAAGCAAUCUCGCGAUUACAAGAAAUCGAAGAAGUACAAAACUAAAAAGUAUUUCGGCGUGAAAACCCUUCAAAGCAUAUUCAACAAGCACGACGGGUACUCGGACAUUUCAAGCGCCGCAUCUGAUGUGCCAGAAGAAUUACCCAAAGAAGAAGUCAAAGAGGCAGAGGGCGAAGAGGAGGAGGAACCCAAAUUCAAAUACAAAACGAUCACGGAGACAAGUCCGCAGUUCGAGGAGAACAUCCACAAUUUCCUCUCGGACAUUUUUAUGAAAAAUUUCCAAACGCCAGACACUCCGGACGCGAAUGCUGCUACAAGCAAGAUGGGUACCAAGAGGUACCUAAGAGUCGGCAAGGCACUGCGCCUUUGUCCCAAUGAGGAAACCGUUAAUAUUUCGGAAUACGAACAACGUAGAGAAAAACUCUUAGCUAGAUACGUUUACAAUUCGAAUUCGUUGAGCGCUGACGGCGAAGGCAAUCCCGAUUUUGGCACGCCAGUUUAAUCCACAGCAGCAUUGAAACUAAAUAUUAAACGCACCAAUAUUUAUUAUUAUUAUUAUUAGUUUUUAAU